CCCUGCAACCUGGCCUCCUCAAAUAACGGCCACGGCGUCACGUACUUGGUGUCGUCACUUCCUGUCACGCCCUUUUUGACCUCCUCACUUAAAUACACACAGGCACACACACGACAGUCAUGGGGAGGGUCUUGCUGUGCCCGCUGCUGCUGCUGCUGCUUCUGGUGCUAAGUCCUGGAAGCGCACCAACCCCCACCCUUGUCCAAGACUGCAGUACUGUCGACACGGUAGUGAAGGAAGGACAAACACAAGUCAUCAACACUAUAGGCAUUGGAGGGGGUGGCGGCUCCUUCAAUCUGUUUAUGAAGCCUGGGAAUGACUUUGAGGGCGUCCGUCUUGAGGUGCAGGCUAGUGACGGCACUCACCACACUGCUUGGUUCCCUGCCGAGGAGGAAUGUUUCCCGGGCGAUGGCACGUGGAUACAAUUUCUGGCGGGGACAUGGAUAACCGAUGUGGGGCUUGGUUUCCGCUUUAGGUCUACAACAUGCUGGAAGUGGUGCGUGAUCACGACCCAGGGAAGGCCCAUCAGCUUUAGCGCAGUGGCUUACAGCCGUUCUUCGUGGAUAAAGGGAUAUCCACCCGAGGGCUGUAACAUUACCUACUAUACAGGCAGGGCCGAAAAACUAUCCACCUGCCAGGAGCUACCAUUCACUCCCACAGCCAACACAACCACGACGCCCUCUACUCCUAUGCUGACACAAGACAAAAUAGUAAUCAUAGCGGCGUCAGCAGCAGGAGUGCUGGUGGUGGUGGUAGUGGUAGUGGUGGUGUUGAUGGUGAACUAUCGGAAGCGGAACUCUGUGACAUUAUCAAAUGAGGUGAGGUUCCAGUCCCAGCCUACCGUCGCCACCCGCCCCCUGCAGUUCACCACCGGCCAGGGACACAUCUCAGACCAAGACCAGGAGGGCUUCUGUUACCAAAUCCUGCCUGAUCGCUCAGCACGCAGAGUGGUGGUGUUGCGCAAUGUACAGGAUUUUGGGAAAAUCGUUUAUGAUGAUGUGCAGCCUGAACAGGACGUGCUGCCUCACUUACCUGUUUAUAAGAAUGUGCCUCCUCCAAUUGUUGGCACCUCCCCUAACGGGCACCUGGAGGGUCCGGGAGUCCGUGGGUCACACCUAUACGCCACGGUGCCGUAAGCAACAUGCACUGGAAGCUGAAAAAUACAACCAGAAGGCUGUAAGGAAACCAAUUUCUGUGUUUUGUAAUGGAGAAUCAGUAGGCAGGGUGUUCCUUCAAGUGUGUGUAAAUGAUGUCUUCAGAUUUGCUUGGCUAGGUUUGUUUUAGCAAAGUUGAUCUUUCUUUGUUCGCUUGUUAGCUUAAGCUAGAGUGGCCUUGGUUGACUGAUGCAGCGCAGCGAACUGGGCAGUCUUUCGUUACAUAUUUAGUUAAGGAAUCGGUCUCAUGAGUUAGUAGUUUGGUUCGUUCGAAGGGUAAGUCGAACUUAUAUGCUCUAAAAAUAAUAAAAAAUCAGUCCAUCUGAACCAACACCUGC